CCUUUGUUGUUGUUGUUGUGAUCAAUGUCGGAGAAACAUCCUAAGUUGUCCACGAAAUCAAAAAAUUCAAAAAUACAGACGUACCUACAAUUUUACGUUGGUAUUAAGUAUAAUCUUGCUACACAUUGCUAGGUUCUCGUAUAGACGUUGGCGCUGCUGCAGAUCUAUGGUAUCGUUGCAAUGAAAUUAUUGAGUUGAGAACUAUUCUGCAGAUUGAUUUACUUAGAUACUUCAUUAUCGUUACUGUUACAAAGAUAAAUAUUUUAAACAGUUAUCAUUUUCUGUCCAACAGGACGAAGUUUAGAAUCCGGUAGAUAAAUUUAAUAUUAUAAAUUAAAUUAUUUUUCACAAACGCCUAGUUUUGGCAAUUGCAAAAUAAAUAAAAAAAUACCUAAUUAACUAAUGUAUUAUAUUAUUAGUUCGUCAUCGGAUAUGUGCACCAUUUAACUAUGUAGGUACUGAAUUGAAUAAAACAAUAUAUAAUAAACUGCCCGGUGAUGCGGAGAGCCCGCCGCCCGCCGGGGGAUCUACUACUAUCUACUAGCAGCUCUCGAACUCAGCAGCGCCAUCUUCUACACUUGACGUUAAUUAUGACUUAGUUUCACCUGCGUAGCAAUAGAUGUCCUUCUAUUAGUUACUUUGGGUCUUAUAUUUUAUUAUAUUAAUUUGUAUGCAAUGUAGGUAAUAAUAUGACAUAAUAAUUAACUGAAAUCGAAUUGACCUUGUACUUAGGUAACUGAUGAGAAUGUGGACCAAACGUGUAUUAAAUAUAAAAUAAAAAAUGCAAGGUCCUCUUUUUUUACCUUGUCUAACAAGUAUCAAAGUUGUGCGUGGCGGGACGAGCUACGGCGCGAUCUUAUUGCGGAAUGGCAGCAACGACUGUCGCAAACCAAGAGCUGGACUCGUUGUCAUUGCAGCGGUGCGAGCUGGAGGCGGCGUCCUGACCCCACCCGCGCCUCCGCCAGUCGCCUUCCAGCACCACCGCCUCAUCAGCGCACACAUGACACGUUUCAGUAGGUGGUGGGGCGUCGUGCUCGGGCUAUGCGCGCUGGCCGCGGCUGCUGCGGGCGCUGGCGCCGCGGACGAGGUGUCGCGGCCGGUGGGCAUCAUGGCCGUGACGCUGGACGGGCCCGGCGACUCGGGCGCCGCGCUGGGCGCGCUGGCCGCGGCGGCGCUUGCGGCGCGCGGCGUGCGGGCGGCGGCGGCGCCGGUGCCUGCGGCGUGCGGGCCGGGCGGCGCGGGGCCCAGCUCGCUGGCGUGCCGCAACGACGUGCUGCGCGCGCUGGUGCUGGGCAAGGCGCAGGCGGCGCUGCUGCCGGUGCCGGCCGCGCGCCCGCCGCACGUGCUGAAGCUGCGGGACGUGGGGCUGACGGAGCUGGGCGACGCGGUGCCGGCCUCGCGCCUCGCUUGCUUCGUUUCACCACCUACCUCGACGGCGACAUUUCGCCCGCCGCAGUCUUUGCUCGACUUCUCCGACGAAACCGUCGCGAUGCACUACGGCUUGCCGUCAGAUGAUAUCUCCGCUGUAUUGCGAGGGAUGACACUUGAAAAUUCAUUGGGAUUUGAACACUUGGAGUCAAACUGCUUUAAUUUUAAUUCGACUCCCGAGUGGUGCUCAGCCGGUGCGAGGUCGUGCGCCACUCUGAUCACUGACAACGUGAACGACGCGCGCCUCCUCGCCACCGUCGUGCGCGACCACCGCCUCCUGGCGCGCGUGCUGGCGCCCUGCCUCUUGGCGCCGCACGACCUGGCGCCGCACGACCUGGCGCCUCACGACUUGGCCAGCUGGCGCCGCCCAAUGCCGCACGCUCUCUUGCUAUGCUCCCGCACGUCCCCUGGCGGGCACUUUUCUCAACUUGCAUCUCCACCCUGUGAUACAUCCAAAGACAUUUGUGUUUUUGACCCGUACCGUCUUAUGAAAAUUGUAAACGAACGCGAAUUACAGUCACCCAGCACUAUAAGUGUUCUGGGUCGACUGGAGUUAACGGAAACAGAGCUACAUGAUUUUUUGGGUCGAUAUAGAGCGUCCGGGUCGACGGUAGCUAUCGCCGAAAUGCUCAAACUACAUAGUAAAUGGACGGGCCCGCCCGGUGAGGCUCGCACGGCCGUCAUGCUACCUAUGGGUACCAGUCGGGAAGCGUUCGAUUCGAAUGCGCUUAAAGCUGCUGCUUUACUAGCCGAGGAGGACUCGAAAGCGUCCGAAACGGUAAGCUUUAAAGUACAACUACUGGACGACAAGUGCGCGUCGACACUGGCGUUCAAAUACCUGACUGACGCCCUGGGCGCCGAGUUCGGGGCGCUGUCGGGCGUGGCCGGGCCCGCGUGCGGCGCGGCCUUCGCGGACGUGGCACGCCAGGGGCCCACGCUGGCUAUGCCCGUGCUGGCCUACACGCCGCAGGCGCCGCCGCCGGCGCCCGCCGCCGCCUGGGCGCUGCUGGCGGCGGGCGACGCGCGCCUGUACUCGGGCGCGUGGGCCGCCUUCAUGGCGCACGUGGGCUGGCGCCGCGUGGCCGUGCUGAGCGAGCUGGCCACGCGCGCGGCGCUGGACGUGGCCGACCUGGCCGCCGACGUGCUCGUGCACGUCGAGCUGUCCGCCGACACCGACGACCUCGACCUGGACAAGAUCCUACAGUGGGCAGCGCGCGCAGCGGCCGCGCAGGCGCGCAUCCUGUACGUGUGCGCGGAGGACGCGCGCGUGGUGCGCGCGGCGCUGUGCGCGGGCCGCGCCGCCGGCCUGGCGCCCGCCGCCGGCGCCGUCUGGCUGCUGCCCGCCUCGCUGCCGCGCCGCUGGCUGCGCGCGCCCGCCGGCAACUGCACGCAGCAGGAACUGCGGGACAUGGCGGAGGGACACCUCAGCGUGGCCCCCGCCUGGAUGGCAGAUUGGGAAGAGCGAGGCGACGCGCCGGCCGACAGCGAGGUGGGCGCGUGGCAGCGGUCGUGGCGCGCGCGCUGCUCGCGCUGGCAGCAGUGCGGGCGCGCGCCGGCGCAGGCCGCGCUGCUGUACGACGCGCUGCGCAUGUGGGACGCCGCGCUGCGCCGCGCGCUGCGGGCGCACCCCGCCGCGCUCGACAACCUGCACCACAAGUCCAUCGCCCGGGCAUUAAUAGAAGAUGUAACCACGUCCAGCUAUAACGGACUCACGGGCAAGUUCGAAUGGAGCGGGGACGCCAGCGGGGCGCGCGCCCGCCUGGCGCCCGUCGUGGUGCAGCAGUGGAGCAACGGCACGCGGCUCCGCCUGGGCGCCUGGAGCCGCGCCGCCGGGUACCGCGCCGGGCCCCGCGCGCCCCGCUGGCGCACGCCCGACGGCCGCGCGCCCGACGAUGGCGCCCCGCACUGCGCGCUGCAGGCGCUGGCCGACGUGCUGCGCGCCGACUGCCGCGCCGCCGUGCUGGCGCUGGCCGCGCUGGCGCUGGCGGCGCUGCUGGGCGCCAGCGCGGCCGCCGCCUGCCACUACAAGCGGCGCGCCGAGCGCAAGUACCGCGCGCGCCUGGCCGCGCUGGGCCUGGCGCGCCUCGACCCCAAGCCCGGCGGCCUGGACCGCUGGGAGAUCCCGCGCGAGCGCGUCGUCAUCAACAGGAAGCUCGGCACCGGCGCCUUCGGCACCGUGUACGGGGGCCACGCGCUGCUGGCGGAAGACCGCGGCUGGUCCGCCGUCGCCGUCAAGACGCUCAAGGCCGGCGCCACCACCGAGGAGAAGCUCGACUUCUUAUCCGAAGCGGAGGCCAUGAAGCGCUUCGACCACAAGAACGUAGUGCGGCUGCUGGGCGUGGUGACGAAGACGGAGCCGGUGUGCACGGUGAUGGAGUUCAUGCUGUACGGCGACCUGAAGAACUACCUGCUGGCGCGGCGCCACCUGGCGGCGGGCGCGGGCGCGGGCGAGGCGGACGAGGUGUCGGCGGCGCGGCUGACGGCCAUGGCGCUGGACGCGGCGCGCGGCCUGUCGUACCUGGCGCAGCUGCGCUACGUGCACCGCGACGUGGCGGCGCGCAACUGCCUGGUCUCGGCGCAGCGCGUGGUGAAGCUGGCGGACUUCGGCAUGACGCGCCUGGUCUUCGAGCACGACUACUACCGCUUCAGCCGCAAGGGCAUGCUGCCGGUCCGCUGGAUGGCGCCGGAGAGCCUGGCGCUGGGCGUGUUCUCGCCCGCGUCCGACGUGUGGUCCUUCGGCGUGCUGCUGUACGAGAUCGUGACGUUCGGCUCGCUGCCCUUCCAGGGCCUGAGCAACGCGGAGGUACUGGCCCGCGUCAAGGCCGGCCACACCUUGGAGCUGCCGCCAGGGUUGAAGCCGCAACUGGAGGGCCUCAUCCGGUCGUGCUGGCAGGCGGAGCAGCGCGCGCGGCCGGGCGCCGCCGAGGUGGCCGCCUUCCUGGCCGACUGCCCGCGCCUGCUGGCGCCCUGCCUCGACCUGCCGCUGGACGCGCUGCCGCUGGACCUGGAGCCCUGGCAGACCGCGCGCGACCGCGCCGAGUCCCGAGGUCCCCCGGUACACAUGUCCGUGUUGCAGGCGCGCUGGGUGUCGUGGGGCGCCCCGGCGUCGGCGGGGACCGACACGACGUACCUGAGCGCGGACGCGCCGCCCGCCGACACGGACGCCUUCCUCUCGUGACGCCGAGACACGACACGCUCCACUGCUCAACUUCACAUGUAAAUCAUUCCGACACUUUUCUAGUCAAACUGCAGGUAUAAAUAUAAUAUAGGAAUAAUUAUUACUGUAAAUGAUCUAAUUUAAAAUGUAAAUAGGUAUAUUGAUAAGUUUUUAAUAAAAGUAUCACAACAA